CGCGCUUUAUAUUUGCACUCGCUGCAGACGUAUGAGUUAAAGUGAUGGAGUAGUAGUGCAGCACUCUCUCCAGUCUCCACCAUUUCAGUAUAUUUCAACUUGCUUCAUUUUUCUACUCAUUUUCUCUCUCCUCUCAUUCAUUGCAUACCUAAACACACUCUCCAAUCCCCCAUCACAACCCACACUAAUGGCGGUUGACGACGACAUGUGCAGCGGCGACGGAAUGCAAUGCACAGACCACCCAUACCGAACCACCUCUCCGGGCGGCGGAGGGAUCUGCGCUCUCUGCCUCCAAGACAAACUCGGUAAACUCGUCUCCUCCUCCUCCACUUCCUUCUUCAUUGGGUCCAACUCCUCUUCCUCCCCUUCCUUCAGAUCUGAUGUCCCUUCAUCCACCACCACCGCCGCCGCUACAACUUCCAUGUCUAUUUCUCUCUCUGCCGCACCCGCUGCCGCCACUUCUACUUCAAAUGUCGUAGCUGCUAGUGCCAGCAACGGUGGUAGUGGUGGUGGAAGUCGCUAUCAUCAUUAUCAACAUCAUCAAGAAAGUCAUCAUAAUAAUCAUAGGAGGGCCCGCAUACCUUUUCUACUCACUCAAAAGAAGAAGAAAAAAGCUCCACCUCAUGAUAAUCUGUCUUCUUCUACUGCUACUGUUUCAGCUGCUACGACUACGACGACUUCCGUUCUCAAACGGAGUAAAUCCACAGCUACGCCGCGAUCCGGCCGUUAUCUUAACGGCGAUUACUCUCAAGACUUCAGUCCUAGACGGAGGGGCUUUUGGUCUUUUCUCCACCUUUCCAACAGCAGUCACAACAACGACUUCAAUCACCAUAAAAAGACGACGACGACUACAACGACAACGACAACGACAACGACAACGACGGCGGAAAAGCCGGGCCCACUUAUAGGUUCAUCUACUAUCGCAGCUGCGCCGGAAGCUGUUACAGUGGCGGUGGUUGUGGUGGAUGAGAGUCAAGACGACAGUCCCAACAGUAGCAGCGGCGGUGGAGGCGGCGGGAGUAAUACGUCGUCGUUUGGUCGUAAAGUGUCCAGAUCUAGAUCUGUAGGGUGUGGGAGCAGGAGUUUUUCCGGGGAUUUCUUCGAGAGGAUUUCAACGGGGUUUGGGGACUGUACUCUACGGCGCGUGGAAUCACAGCGUGAAGGAAGCAAACAUCGCCACUCAACUUCACGCGCCGCUGGGGAUACUGUACGAGAGAAAGUCCGAUGCGGUGGUUUGUUUGGUGGUCUCAUCAUUACUUCCUCUUCCUCCUCAACAUCCUCGUCUUCGUCUUAUUGGGCCGGGGACGCAAGACCGAAUGGACCGACAGCGACGCCGGCUGGGCCGUCGCUAGUGCAUGGGCGGAGUAGGAGUUGGGGAUGGGCUUUUGCUAGCCCAAUGAGAGCAUUUACUAAGCCCACACCAACAAGUAUGACAAAAAGUGGGCCCAAUGGAAAUAGUAAAAACAGCAAUGGAACACCUAAUUUAGCUGCCAUUCCUUCACUGUUAUCAAUGAGAGGUUAACAUUAAUUUGGUAGUUUUUUUUAUUUACUCUUUAUAAUGUGUAUUAUUAUUAUUAUUAUUAUUAUUAUUAUUAUUAUUAUUAUUAUGGUAAUUUCUGAUUAUAUUUUGUUUAGUAAUUUUACACUCUUGAAUUUUGGGUAUAAUUUGUAUGGAUGGGUAAUUUUCCGA